GACAAUUAAAAACAUAGUGACAACUGAAAACAUAGUGACAACUGAAAACAUAGUGACAUCUGAAAACAUAGUGACAACUAAAAACAUAGUGACAACUGACAAUAUAGUGACAACUGACAACAAACUGACAACUGAAAACAUAGUGACAACUGAAAACAUAGUGACAGCUGAAAACAUAGUGACAACUGAAAACAUAGUGACAGCUGAAAAAAUAAAGACAGCUGAAAACAUAGUGACAACUGAAAACAUAGUGACAGCUGAAAACAUAGUGACAGCUGAAAACAUAGUGACAACUGAAAACAUAGUGACAACUGACAACAUAGUGACAACUGAAAACAUAGUGACAACUGACAACAUAGUGACAACUGACAACAUAGUGACAACUGAAAACAUAGUGACAACUGACAACAUAGUGACAACUGACAACAUAGUGACAACUGAAAACAUAGUGACAACUGAAAACAUAGUGACAGCUAAAAACAUAGUGACAGCUGACAACAUAGUGACAACUGACAACAUAGUGACAGCUGAAAACAUAGUGACAGCUGAAAACAUAGUGACAGCUGAAAACAUAGUGAUAGCUGAAAACAUAGUAUGUAU